GAAUUUCGCCAUUGACAACAAAAUGGAGAUAUCAAGUUUGUUCUGCCUUCUCCUGCUGCUGCUCCUCCUCCCACCCUCUUCUUGCCUGGCUCAAAAACAGGCUUACAUUGUGUACUUUGGAGAGCAUUCCGGAGAUAAGUCAUGGGAGGAGAUAGAAGAGAGGCACCAUUCGUAUUUGAUGUCUGUAAAAGACACUGAAAACGAUGCAAAAUCCUCUCUUCUGUACAGCUACAAGCACACCAUCAAUGGGUUUGCUGCCGUGCUUACCCAACAACAAGCCUCCAAACUUUCAGAAUUGGAGGAAGUGGUGUCUGUAAUUGAGAGUAAAAAGUAUGGCAUGCACACGACAAGGUCGUGGGAGUUCUCUGGGGUUGAAGAAGAUAAGCCCAGGCUUAGUGAUUUGGUUUCUAAAGCCAAGGCUGGAAAAGAUGUGGUGAUUGGAAUGCUUGACAGUGGGGUGUGGCCAAAAUCAAAGAGCUUUAGCGAUAAAGGAAUGGGACCCGUUCCAAAAUCAUGGAAGGGAAUCUGCCAAACAGGACCUGCCUUUGAAUCAUCUCAUUGUAAUAGAAAGAUAAUUGGAGCUAGAUAUUAUGUAAAGGGAUAUGAGCAUCAUUUUGGUCGUUUAAAUGAAACGACGGACUUCCGAUCACCGUGCGACAUGGACGGCCAUGGAUCACACACCGCCUCCAUUGCAGGUGGCCGGAGGGUCUACAACGUCUCGGCCUUCGGUGGCGUUGCACGGGGCACGGCCUCUGGUGGCGCCCCAGGGGUUCGAUUGGCAAUAUACAAAGUUUGUUGGGCGAUUCCCAACCAAAUGAAAAGUCUGGGAAACGUUUGUUUCGACACUGACGUGCUGGCCGCCAUGGAUGAUGCCAUUUCCGAUGGCGUCGACGUUCUCAGCUUGUCCAUUGGAAAAUCGGAUCCGUACAAUUACACCGAUGACGGAAUCGCCAUCGGAGCUCUUCAUGCCGUUAAAAGGGACAUUGUGGUGUCUUGUAGCGCCGGAAAUAGUGGGCCUACGCCGUCCACGUUGUCCAAUGUUGCACCGUGGAUCAUCACUGUUGGAGCCAGCACCGUGGAUCGGGAAUUUUACUCUCCUGUCAUCCUCGGAAAUGGGUUGAAAAUUAAGGGAUUGUCGGUGGCGCCGUCCAAAUUGAGGAGGAACAAAAUGUACCCAUUAGUGUAUGCUGUCGAUAUACAAAAGCCACAUGUUCCCCGAAACGAAUCUGGAUCAUGUAUUGCAGGCUCGCUUUCACACAAGAAAGCCAAAGGAAAGAUAGUGUUGUGCUACAGAGGACAAGGAAUCAGCAGAUACGCCGGCAGCCUGGAAGUGAAAAGGUCCGGCGGUGCUGGAAUGAUACUCGGGCUCGUGCCGGCGGUGGGAGCGAGGCUGCACGCGGAUCCCCAUUUUGUUCCGGCAACGGCGGUGUCUUACGACGAUGCAAAUAGGAUCCUUAAAUAUAUAAAAUCUCACCGUAAUCCAACCGCCACUAUUGUUCCACCCAUCACCAUCUACGGCUCCAGGCCGGCGCCGGCCAUGGCCAAUUUCACAAGUAGAGGUCCAAGCCUCGUCGACCCUCAUUUUCUCAAGCCUGACAUAACAGCACCUGGAGUGGACAUAUUAGCAGCAUGGUCAGAAAAAGAUUCCCCGACAAAACUCCCAAAAUCCUUUGACCCUCGUAUUGUGAAAUACAAUAUCUACUCCGGCACUUCCAUGUCCUGCCCUCACGUCUCCGCCGCCGCUGCCCUCCUCCGCGCCAUCCACCCCACUUGGUCCCAAGCCGCCAUCCGCUCAGCCCUGAUGACCACCGCCACCACCACCAACAAAUACGGCCACCCCAUCACCGACGACUCCACCACCGACAACUCCCCUGCCACUCCUUUCUCCUUUGGGUCUGGCCACUUCCGCCCCACUAAGGCUGCGGACCCCGGGCUUGUGUACGACGCCAAUUACACGGACUAUCUCCACUACCUCUGCGGCCUGAAAAUGAACUCCAUUGACCGCUCCUUCAAGUGCCCUCCACGUGCCCUCCACCCCCACGAUCUGAAUUACCCUUCCAUUGCUAUCCCUAAACUGAAAGGCGGUGUGAGGAUCAAAAGGACGGUGACCAACGUGGGCGGGGGAGGUAAAAGUGUGUACUUUUUCGAGAGCUGGGCGCCUCCGGGCGUGGCGGUGAGGGCUUCUCCCAGUGUAUUGUACUUCGAUAGGGUUGGGCAGAGGAAAAGGUUCACGAUUACGGUGAGUGGGAAAGUGAAGGGUAAUGGAUACUCCUUCGGUUGGUUCGCUUGGAGUGAUGGGGUUCACUAUGUCAGAAGCCCAAUUGCAAUUUCUUCAACCUAAAAUCAUAUUUAUUCUACCGUGCAUUCAUAGUUAA